UUCACUCUCCUUCUUCUUCCUCCUUCUCUUCCUCUUAUCAAGAUUAACUCUUUCAGAUUUCCUCUCUGUUUCUUCUUUCUUUCAGUCGAGAUUUUAAAGUUAGAAAACCCUAGAUUGCUUCUGGGUUUUUGAGUGUUUUAGGUUUACAUGGAAGGGCGAGAGGUGAGUGAUCAUCAGCAAUCCCAGAUGAUGAUCAUGAAGGGCAAGAGGACCAAGCGCCAGAGGCCCCAGUCUCCUUUUGGUCUGGCAGUGACUUCGAGCUCCUCGAGCGCUUGCGGCGGCGGAGAAGAGUAUGGGAACUCGUUUACUUCUGCCAGUUAUGAGAGUACUGAGGAGGAUGAGGACAUGGCUAACUGCCUGAUUCUGUUGGCUCAGGGUUGCGAUGUGGUUCCCAAGCAGCAGAGUAGUCCGGUUCAUGAAGCCAACACUGUUUCUGGUCAUGUUAGCAAAGCUGGGUUUUUUGUCUAUGAGUGCAAGACCUGCAACCGGACCUUUCCUUCUUUUCAGGCACUUGGUGGCCACCGAGCCAGUCACAAAAAGCCAAAGUCUGCUGCGGCGGCGAUGGCCGAUCAGGAGAAGAAACUGGCAUCGACCCAGUUCAGCUCUGCAUCCAUGGAUCAAGAAGUCGAAGAGUCUAAGCAGUUUGUCAAGAAGAACAGUCCUCCUCCUCUAGCUCAUCCUACAGUUUCUAUUCAGAUAAAGGGGAUGUAUCCGAGCCACAACAACAACAAGGCCAAGAUUCAUGAGUGUUCGAUAUGCGGGUCGGAGUUCACAUCGGGUCAAGCUCUCGGUGGCCAUAUGAGACGGCACAGAGCGGUAGUGGCGAACAACAACAGUACGAGUGGUACUACUCAGGUGGUGGGGAUUGGUGCUGCCAUUGAUAACAGUACGAGGAACAAGCAGGAGAGAAGUAUUUUAACACUGGAUCUAAACCUUCCAGCACCAGAAGACCAUGAUCACUACCACCACCACCACCACCAUCUACAACAGCAUCAGAUUCAUCACCAGCGUGACUCGAAGUUCCAAUUCGUGUCGACCCAACAGACUAGUCUUGUCUUCAACGCCCCUGCUUUGGUGGAUUGUCAUUAUUAAAGAGAGAAGACAGAGAAGAGAGUAGGGAAAAAGAAAACAAAAGAAGAAGAAAAUAUCAUUAUUUUAGUGAUAUUUUCUGAUACUGAUCGAUUCAUGUGAAUUAUAAUUUAUAAGCAUUGUUAUACCUUGCAAAUUUUACUGCUGUGAUAAAUUGGAUUAUUGGGGGAUUUCUAAUA